UUCACCAGCGUUAGUAUUACUUGAUACGUGUCAAAAUGAGUUUCAAAAACAAAGUUGUUAUAGUAACAGGGGCAAGCUCGGGCAUCGGUGCAUCGGCAUCGAUAAUGUUCAGCAAAGAGGGUGCUCGCGUGGUCAUGGUGGGCCGCAACGAGACCAAACUCUCCGCCGUGGCUGCGAAAUGUUCAUCGCCACUCGUGAUUCGCGCUGAUCUCGCCAACGACGAUGACGCUCGCAGCAUCAUAGACCAAACCAUUAAGAAGUUCGGCCAGAUCGAUAUCUUGGUUAACAAUGCUGGAAUGACGAUGGAAAAUGGUGGUAUCCUCGCCAACGAUAUGAUGAAAGCUUAUGAUAUCAUCAUGAAUAUCAAUCUCCGAGCGGUUGUUCAUUUAACAAACUUGGCUGCCCCAUACUUGGUCAAAACUAAAGGUAAUAUUGUAAACAUUUCUAGUAUUGCUGGAAUUAUGGCUCCUUUUGGUGUCGGUAUGACCAACUACUACACCUCAAAAGCAGCAUUGAAUCACUUCUCUGUCUGUUGCGCAACUGAGUUGGGCCCACACGGCGUGAGGGUAAAUGUGUUAAGUCCUGGACCGGUAAGAACAGAUUUUAUGGACAAUGCUAAAGCUGCCUUUACAUGGGAUGAUUUUCCGUCGAAAACACUCCUUAAUAGAGUGUCUGAACCGGAGGAAAUAGCAGAUAUGAUUUUGUACCUGGCAAGUGAUAAAGCGAAGUCUGUCACUGGAUCUAAUUAUGUGAACGACAACGGCAUGCUCAUUAAAAGAACUUAAUUGAGUGUUCAUAUUUAAGAAAUAUACAUUUACAAGAAUAAUUAUUACUAUCAUAGAGUUUUAAGAGUUACUCUACAUAUAUAAUAAAUAUAUAUAUUAUUGUAAGAAUAUCCAGCAAUACCCUACAUGUACCGUUUAUAGGUUCUCUGGCGUACUGUCAUACAUGCAUACAAUCUAAUCAAAGUUAUUGUGAUGUUCUCAUAGACAAUCACUUCUUUUAUUUAUUUUUUUAAUUUAUAUAGCUUUUUAUAAUUAGUACUAACUAACAUCUUGACUUUCUUUGCAAUACUCUUUAUGAGAAAACUAAUAAUAAAUUAUAUUCUAUGGCGUACUUAUAUAUUUAGACUGACUCAUAUUAAAUUCGAGUUUUAAUAUAGCAAUAUUCAGUAAAUUUUCAAAAAAAAAAAUCCUUAUCCGAGAUUUUAACUCAGAACAG